AUGCGGGAAAUCAACUCAACCUUAAUCUCGUUACGAGCACGGUCUCGCCUACCAUCCACCACGCCACUUCGCACACGAUCUCGAGCUCGCCACAACGUCACCACGCCAGCGCGCCGCCUUUUCCUCCGUCGUAAGUCUGCUAGACAUCAUCAUCUCCUCUCGCAUGGAGACCAGGACGCCUCACGGUCCCGGUCUCGUUCAGCGGAUACGACGGUUGUAGGUCAAGAGACCAGGACGCCUCACGGUUCUAGUCUCGCUCGGCGGAUACGGCGAGAGGUCGAGAGUCAAGGACGCCUAACGGUCCAAGUCUCGCUCAGCAGCAAAACGGCGGGAGGCGACUGGAAUUCGGCGACGGGAAGGAGAAAACACCGGCGGAGCAGACUGACUCGUUCAAGUGGCGGCGGUGAAUUGAAACGGCAAGGCAGGGUCGGCGAAGCAUGGCAAGGUAUGGCGGCGCAAGAACAGGACGCCUCACGGUCCCGAUCUGCGGACGGCGGGGCGCGGCGUGAGAUGGCGGCGCAAGACCAGGAUGCCUCACGGUCCCGAUCUGCGGAGGUUGAGGCAUGGCGGCGCAAGUCCGAUGCUGGAUCUAUUCGGCGGUUCGGCGCUGACAGGCUGGGCCGGUGGCGUGUCCAGCGGCGAGAAGAGGAGACAACGGCAGGGCGCGGCGCGUCCAACAGCGAGAAAAGGAGACGGCGGCGAGACGAGGAGAUGGCAGCGGGGCUCGACCUGCCCGGAGACGGCGGCAUGGCUUGA